AAUUAUCAUACAUGCCCUAUAAAACUCUCGCUUAGACCUUAAAAGACGUCUCCUGAUUGAAGGCGUCCGCCGCCUGAGAGACGUUUAUUGAUGUUUUUUUUUUGUCAUUUACGCCUCGCCUUUGCGUCUAGGCUUGUGCGCCUUUAACUCCCACCGGCAAGUGGUGAAAUGAAUGUGGAGUUUCUUAAGUAUCUGCCUUUUGAUAUUUCCUUAUGCAACUUACCAAGCAAGAUUUCCUUGCCUUAUAAAACCCAUCUUGAAAGAUAGUCUACGUUUUUUCUAUGAAUCAUUUACUAUGACAAGAUCUAAAGUUUGCAAAUAAUCUAAGCAUUUUUCAUGUCUACUGCUAUCAUUCAAUUUGAAAGAUCUCUGAAUCAUGGAAGUCAAGCCUCUGAAGAAACUACUCGAGUCGAUUUCGAUGAGGCCCGUUGCUUUCGGUUCUUGUUUGAUAGCUUUCCCUCUUAUGAUCAUCCUGUCAAUCACUUACCAAGAUCAAAUGUUUAGUGUAAUCGGAGGAUUCGCUGGUGUUACGAUUUUCGGAGGAAAUUCUCAGAAUGUUACAGAAUUUGGUGAUGGUCCAGAAUAUGAUUCCUCUUGGCAUGCCAAUUUUUCUGAUGACCAACUGCUUGGCGGACUCUUGGCUUCAGGAUUCAAUACGAAAUCUUGCUUGAGCAGAUAUCGAUCUUUCCGAUACCGGAAAUCUUCACCUCACAAACCUUCUCCAUACUUGCUUCUCAAAUUACGGAAUUAUGAAAAUCUCCACAAGCAUUGCGGACCUUACACAGAAGCCUAUAACAGAACACUCGAAACGCUUAAUUCUAGCAACUUUUCGAGUCCUGCAGAGUGUAAAUACAUGAUCUGGAUCGGCGAGGCAGGUUUAGGGAACAGGAUUUUAACAACAGUUUCCGCAUUUCUCUACUCUCUCCUUACUAACCGAACUUUGCUUGUUCAACACGGUCCUGACAUGGCUGACCUCUUCUGCGAGCCAUUUCUGAAUACAUCAUGGUUAUUGCCUGCAGACUUUCCUUUGAAGAAUGAAUUCGAAAAGGUUGGUCGUGAAUAUCCGAAUACCUAUGGGAACAUGGUAAAGAAUCAUGCCAUUGGUUCGCCGAUUUCGGUUCUUUAUCUUUUUCUAGCUUCAGGAUGCAAUGAUUUUGAUAAGCUUUUUUACUGUGAAGAGGAUCAAGCAUUUCUUCAGAAAAUCCCUUGGUUAAUUAUGAAAUCUGACGAAUAUUUCACUCCGUCUUUCUUCCUGAUGCCGGGUUUUGAGCACGAGCUCAACCAGAUGUUUCCUGACAAAGAAACUAUUUUUCACCACUUGGGUAGGUAUCUUUUACACCCUUCAAAUAAAGCAUGGGGACUUAUUAUUAGGUUCUACAAAUCAUACUUAGCUAAUACAGAUGAAAGAAUUGGUAUGCAAAUACGAGUGUUCAACCCGAAAGAUACUCCGUUUCAAGAAGUAACGGAACAAAUCUUAGCUUGUACUAAACAAGAAAAUCUGAUUCCAGAUGUAGACAAAGAACACCUCGUAGAUGUCACGACGAAGAACCAGACAUCAACAAAAGCUAUCCUGAUCGCGUCAUUGUAUUCGGAAUUUUACGAGAAUUUCAAGAACAUGUAUUGGACAUUUCCGACAAUAACAGGCGAGACGGUUGAGGUUGUUCAGCCAAGCCAUGAGACGUAUCAACAUUUUGGUGACAGUAUGCACAAUGUAAAGGCAUGGGUUGAAAUGAAUCUAUUAAGCAUGACUGAUGUGCUAGUGACUAGCUCAUGGUCAACUUUUGGCUAUGUGGCUCAAGGCCUUGGUGGUUUAAAGCCAUGGAUUCUGACCAGGCCUGAAUUUUGGAUGAACACCGAUCCGGCUUGUCGUCGAGUCAUGUCGAUGGAACCUUGUCUACAUAUACCACCGAGUUUUGACUGCAAGACUAAGGUUAACGCUGAUAUGGGUAAUGUUGUGCCUUAUGUUCAGCAUUGUGAAGAUGUUACUUCAGGAUUGAAGCUUGUUAACAAUUUUACCGGAUAAUUAAUUGGAGGGGCGCUAUUUUCAGAGCAACAAUUUCUCGAGACAGAUCAAGAUUUUUUAUUUUAAUAAAUUACAACUUUUGCUUUUUAAUAAAAGCGCGAGUGCUUUUUUUUUAUUAUGUCCCCAACAUUUUUCGCUCGGAAAAUAGCGGCAUUCGCAUUAAUUAGAGUUUGCUUAUGUUUAGAUUGUAGAGGUUUUAUUUGCAUAAAAAUAUCAAUUGUACAAGAUAUUCAAAUACAUAAAAUGCCAAUAAGUAACUGAGAAAAGAAAAUCAA